UAAACCUAGUGCUAAAACUUAAAACUAGUGAAUAUGGCACCCAACAACAACAAUCGUAAAGGACGUUCCAACCGUUCCGACCGCAAUGGAUCUCGACCCAAAACCAACCAACGCAAAAACGAUAAGCGUCAACCAAAACGCCACUUUGGUUGCGGUAUUUGUCAAGCUGAUCACAGCUUAACAAACUGUAAAAAGUUUAAAAAGAUGAACUUGGCGGAGAAGUACAAAACCGCAGUUAAAUUGCACUACUGCGUCAAUUGUCUGGCCAGGAAUCACCUAAUCGGAAAAUGUUCAAAUAAAUCCCGAUGCCAAAAGUGCAAGGGUAAACAUCACACCACCCUGCACGGCCCAGAUCGGAUCCUGAAAGAUUUGCCAAAGGAACAGUCUCCACCGCCCGUAGCAAAAAGGACUAUUGCUCCGAUUCCUGCGCCACGAACUAUUGUGAUGCCAAUUGUAGCAACCACUUUGCCAACGUCCCGAACCCAAACCAUUGUACCUACGGUUGUAGUUCAGGUUGUGACAGACAAAUCGAAACAACUCGUUAGAGCUGUCUUAAACCCGAGCCUAACCACCUCAAAAAUAGGCGUAGCGUUUGUGCGCGAAUCAACACUAAACCCUUUUAAAGUGGAUGAAAGUGUUUACGUGAAGGUCAUAAUAUCACCUAAUAUGGCCUCCACAAUACAAUAUGAGGUGUGCAUGCAGGUUUCAAAUGACCUGCCAAGAAACCCUUACGCUCAUGGUUUGGACCCAGCUAUAAAAGGGAAGUUCUGCCGAAUUUCUCUGGCCGACCCAGAAUUUUAUGCCAAUGCACCCGUAGCCAUGGAAAUAGGUGGUGAUUUGUAUACCACCAUUUUACAGCCUAACACGAUCCAUAUUGAUGGCGGCUCACUGAUAGCCCAGGAUUCAACCCUGGGUUGGCUAGUUAUGGGAUCCCUUACCAAUUAAAAAUAUAAUAAAGUAUUUUACUAUAAAUUACCCUCACUUUCUCUAACCCAAUGUUGAACAAAUGAAAAUAAUUGUUCUUUUUCUUCACAGGUUGCCAGGCCCGGGAGGAUGUUCAUUUCAAUGAACAAAACACCCAUCCCUGAUGUCAAACAACACCCACCUCUCAACUGCAGCCAACUUCAGCUUAGGCACACUAAAGCUAGCUGCCGCUUUAUUAUCUUCACUUCAAAUAUAAUUUUGCAAGUAACAACAAGUGUGUGAGCGCUAAAACAAACCAAGUAAAACAACAACCCCUACAACAGACAGUGAGAAUUCAAAGUGUCUUUUAAAUACAUAAAUUACAAAACCUAAACCUAGUGCUAAAACUUAAAACUAGUGGUAAAAUAUAUAACCUGUGUUAAAACCCUAAACCUAAGAAUAAAUAGUAAAACCCUAAAAUAAAAUUCUUAAUUAUCACAGUGAAUAUCACAGUUAAAAACAUGAAACAAUAUAAUAAAACCCUAAACCUAAAUUAAAACCCUUAAGCCUAAAAAGAAUUGAAAAUAAAAUAAAUACAUUAAAUACUUACCCUAUAUAUUAAAUACUUACCCUAUAUAUUAAAUACUUACCCUAUAUAUUAAAUACUUACCCGUUAGAGUUCAAUAAACAUAUGAAUUUAUAACGUUUGUGAAAAGAAAAAGAAAAGCGUUUUAUUUACUUACAUGCUACUUAAGAUUAAUCUAUACCCUACCCUU